UGGGAACGAUCAGUCUAUUAGGUAAAUUCAUAAGGGAAAUAAGAUAAUGUUGUGCAAACGAGUGAUACUUUUAGGUAUUUUUGUGUUUAAUUUGUGUGCAUUGGGAGCAAGUGAUGAGUGCGAAGUGACUUUGCAACAAGGAUACGGUGAAGUGCAUGGAUAUGGAUUACAGAGGACAACUCCUAAAGGGGAUCCUUAUUGUUCCUUCCUGAGUAUUCCGUAUGUUAGACCACCCGUUGGGGCGCUACGUUUUGAACCACCGCAACCCCUUGAUUUGUCUCGUUAUGCCCCAACAUCGUGGUAUUUUAGAUAUAAAAGUCCAAUUUGUGUGCAAAAUCGAAUCUUUGCAAAUGAAACUGGACAAGAAGAUUGUCUCUACUUAAAUGUCUACACAAAACCCUCAACUACGGAUCAGCCCAAGGCUGUUAUUGUGUGGCUUCAUGGUGGUUGGGGUACUUUCGGAUCUGCCUACAGUGACGGUGCUGAUCGUGUUGGCUAUCUUAUGGAUGAAGAUGUCGUUGUGGUUACGUUGAAUUACCGCCUUGGGGUUUUGGGAUUUUUCUACCGCAGAAAUGAUAAUUUUGUCGCAAAUCUCGGGCUUUUGGAUCAAUUGGAAGCCCUUAAAUGGGUUCAGGGGAAUAUCGCAUCAUUUGGUGGUGAUCCAAAGAAGGUGACUCUAAUGGGAUGGAGUGCAGGUGGUGUAGAUGUUGGCUACCACCUACAAUCUCCAGCCUUUCGUGGACUCUUCCAUCGAGCUAUAAUGCUAAGUGGCUCCCCACUUGUUCCAUGGGCAUAUGAACGGAGUACCGAAGCCUGUACAAAGAUGCUGUGCAGAACUUUGGAUAUCCCUUGUUUCCGUGGUAAACUCAAGGAUCUCCUUAAAAGACUACCAGGAUCAAUUUUUGGAUCUCAGCACCUCAACUAUCGCACAAGUAUAUCCUACUUUGGCGUCCUACAUCCCUGCUUUGUGCCAACAUACGAGGGGAAAUUCGAAGAAUCUCCAACAGUUCAAGAUGAGCAACUUAAAUUAAUCUACCACCCCGUUGAGAAUGAUGUACCCCUCAUGAUAGGAUACACAGUUGCUGAAGAUUAUCCCUAUUACUACCUCACUCAGGAUCAUCUUGCAAAUACGUGGAAUUAUUCAUUUGUCAACACGAGCGAGGAAGUUAUUCGCCCCUUGAGACGAUACCUUCAAAUAGGAACGAAGGAGCUCAAUAAUUUCAGUGCAAGACUCAUGGUACCAGCUAGUAUGGUACAUGGUAUUAAGGAAUUUACCAACUACUACUCAUACAAUGCAUACUCCAACGUUUAUUUCUAUCGAUUCUCCCACAAAAAUGACUCAAAUUGGUUCGGAGCUCUUCACGGGGAUGAUUUGAGAUUUAUCUUUGGCCCCCACGAUACACCAACUACACAAACUGAUGAUCUUGUCAGAAUGCGAAUGGUUCGCUAUGUUACGGAUUUUGCCAAAGUUGGAAAUCCAACACCAAAACUCGAUGAGAUCAUCAGAACACGAUGGACACCCUAUGCUCACAGUGCACUCCGCAUGGAAAUCUCAGAAGAAUCCAAAAUGGUUCGAGAUGUUAAAGAUGUUACGUACAAACGAUGGGAAACAAUUUAUCAGUGCCUCGAAUACAAUGAUUGUAAGAAAUUCUUCAAGCUCACAUCAGAACGGUAGUGAGUGCGUGAGAAUUCUUAAUCUAUGUUGUGUACCAAAGAGAGGUCAAAAGAUGAUUUUUGUAUGACUUUGAGUGGAAAAGAAAAUCAAUAAAAUACUUUUUCGUGAAA